UCCUCCUCCCACCGGAGGGAAUGCCAGCCUUUUAAACCAGGAUGCCAGCCUGAAGGUGCUGCUGAACCAGAGUUAAUUAUUGGCAGGCAGGAGAGCCAAGGAGGAGUAGCUUUUGCCCACCCACCCCACACCCUACAGAGCCUUUCCUGCUCUUGGGGAGUCAAAGCCAGGAGCUGUCCAGCGGGUGUCAGACGUUCUGCCCAGCCUGGGCGAAGACCACGAAGCGAGGCCAGCUCUUCUCCAGGACCAGGGUGCUGCCACUCCUCGCGAUGCUUCUGAAAAGGAUGACGCUUUCUCAAGGAAAGGCAAUUCUCUUAUGGAUAUCCGUGCUCGCCCUCUUAUCGCUGGCCAUUUCCACCUACCUGGUCAGGGAUGAGAAAGGGACCUUGAUGGACAGCACCAGCGCCGAAGGUGAGCUUCCGACCGAAGAACCGAAAGAGUUGCCGCUGAGCAGCUGGUUUCACCCAAGCGCACGGACAGAGGUCUCCACCAUGAGCCUGUGGUCAGCCCCCAUCGUGUGGGAUGGGACGUUCGAAAGAGACAUCCUCAACUCGCACUACAAGCGGCGGAAAGUCACCGUGGGGCUGACCGUUUUCGCCAUUGGGAAGUACCUGGACAAAUACCUGAAGGACUUCUUGGUUUCCGCCAACACCUUCUUCAUGGCGGGCCACCAGGUCAUCUUCUACAUCAUGGUCGAUGACCUGCUCAGAGUGCCCAAGGUCAAACUGGACCCUCAGCGGACGCUGAAGCUUAUCUCGGUCAAGCAGGAGAACCGCUGGCAAGACAUCAGCAUGAUGCGCAUGAAGACCAUCGGGGACCUGAUCGAGCAGCGCAUCCGCUUCGAGGUGGACUUCCUCUUCUGCAUGGACGUCGACCAGGUCUUCAGGAGCCACUACGGGGUGGAGACCCUCGACACAUCCGUGGCUCAGCUCCAUGCCUGGUUCUACAAGGCACAGAGGAACCUCUUCACCUACGAGAGGCGCCCCGAGUCAGCCGCGCACAUCCCCUACGAAGAGGGGGACUACUACUACCACGGGGCAGUCUUUGGGGGCACCCCGCUGCAGGUGCUGAACCUCACCCGGCAGUGCUACCAAGGCAUCCUUCAGGACAAGGACCGGGAGGUGGAGGCCAUCUGGCACGACGAGAGCCACCUCAACAAGUACUUCCUGCUCAACAAGCCCACCAAGCUGCUCUCCCCUGAGUACUGCUGGGACUACAAUAUCGGCCCCCAGCCUCAAAUCCACAAUGUAAAGUUGUCCUGGAUGCCUAAAGAAUACCACAACGUCAGAGACAAUAUUUGACCUGCCCCAACCCCCCCUUGCGUGGACUAGAGCUGGCCUGCAGCCACGGACAUUUGAAGGGCCCGGCUGAGCCUCACUCCGUCGCCCCCUGCGGAAGAUAAGGAGGGCCAAGCUGGGGCCCCAGAGGGGCUGCAACAGUGAGGAAGAGUCCAGCUGUCCUCUGACCCCUUCGACCCCCUUCGUUUCGCUCCGCAUUUGCUCAGCCUCUCUCUCUUUUUCACCCGUGGCGACUUGUGGGGUGAGGUCUUCCUCCUGGCUGAGCUUCUCUCGUUUGGAGAACCCCUUCGCUCAGAGAGAGAACCUAGCUGGGCUUCGUCGACAUUUAAACCUCUGUAUGCCUUUCACCCCCAGAGCAAGUGAAUGUAGACCAAACAGCUCAUCCUUUCUUUUAGAUCGGACCGUUUUGUCUCAGACUCUUUUGGGUGCUUGGGACUUUUGGCAAGAGUCUUCUCGGGCACACAGAGGCCGUCCCUGGUGGUCCCAAGAUUUCACCCCCGCAUGGGAGGAGAAGCCAGGGAAGGAAAGGCACCCAUCCACAGCAGGCAGGGUGUCCAGAGGAAGCCCCAACAAGGCCCUCUUUUCAGAUUCCACCCGAUCUCCUUCCGGGAGCCACACAGAGCCAAUCUCUCUGCUUUCUCUUCCCUAAAGCUUCGUUUUUCAAAAUGGGGCGGUUUUCUUCUUCUUCUUUCCCCCUCCUGGGGAUUCAAAUAUGCACACCGAAGCACCCCAGGUGGGUAUUUGUGCCUCUCUGCUGUCCCAAUAACAAAGCACACCAAAGUUGGCAGCCUGGACCAAACUGAACAAAAGCCGUCGCUUUUGUCCCUGUGUCGGAACAGCGGACGGAGGAGCACUUUGUCCCUCUUGCCACCUGCCAAGGUGCCCGGCUCACCUUUGUUUGUUGAAACACCUGUCUGCCAGCUCAUUUUACAAGCUCAUUUGCACGAACUCGGAACCCUGCUACGUGUGUACUUGAGCAUGCCAUCCCCUGGACUGAUGGGGAUCCUUCCAUCCUUUCCCUUUGGUCGUUUCUUCUCACCCUUGUGGUCCCAAAGAUUUUGGCAGACCUGCACGGGGGACGCUGCUGCUCAGGGGCCUGAGUUAAGAGGGGACUCAACAGGCCCCUCUACCUGCAGCCCGAGGGAGCCUCCUCGAGUCCCUCAUCUGGAAUAUUCAGGGGUCCGGUUUCAAAACCGUCUUCAUCUUGAAGGUUCAGUCAAGCUCGUGCCUGGCACUAGGUCCCUCUGCCUUGGUUUACCCCACACAAACACACCCGCCAUCAACUGAAGAGAUUUAUGAACUGGUUGUACCUUGUGCAGGUGAUAGGCCCGGAAACCUGGCUUGCCUAACUACCUUUAGAAAUCGGCACCUUAAUUUAUUGCCUUGUAAAUGACAAAACAUUAAAGUCUAAUCUUAACUUCG